CAUACUCGUACAUAGAAAAGGUUGAAAAUAACAACAGAAAUGGAAGAGACGAUAGUGCUUUACUCCACACCAGAACACCUCAAUUCCCUCACAUGUCUCGCUCUCUUCAUCGCUAAACACCACCCUUCUAUCUCCGUCGCCGUCCUCUCCACCGACGCGCCUCCCAUCCCCGCUGCUUCUUCCGUCACCUUCCUCCGCCUCCCCUCCCCCGAUCUCCCCGCCAAAUUCACCCCAGUCGAGCUCUUCUUCGAAACCCCUCGCCUCAACAACCCCAAUUUUCGACAAGCCCUAGCUCAAAUCUCGCUGAAAUCAAACAUCAGAGCUGUCGUUCUCGACUUCUUCUGCAACUACGCGUUUGAAAUUUGCGAGAGUUUAAGCAUUCCGGUUUACUUCUGCAACACCACCGGCGCGUCCGCCCUCUGCGCUUUGAUGUACUGGCCGCAAUUUCACGACAAAACCGGUGGGAAAUUGGGGGAUUCGGUAGAGAUCCCCGGCUGCCCGGUGAUUCCGGCGGCGGAUCUGCCGGAGAUGCUGCAUUUCCCUCAGAGUCGUAGUUACAAACACUUGAUGGACACGGCGAAGAAUAUUGAGAAAUCGGCCGGAGUCAUCGUCAACACUUUCGCCGCGCUCGAGGUGAGGGCGCUUGAAGCGCUGAGGAACAAUCUCUGCACGACGAAUCCGCCGAUCUACGCGAUCGGGCCGUUGAUUGAUGUGAGAAUUAGAAACGACGCCGUUGACGAAUGCCUCCGGUGGCUCGAUUCGCAGCCGAGUAAGAGCGUGAUUUUCCUCUGCUUCGGGAGAAGAGGCGCGUUUUCGGGGGAGCAAUUGAGGGAGAUCGCAAUCGGAUUGGAGAAUUCCGGCUACAGAUUCGUGUGGGCGGUGCGGAGCUCCGGAUCGGGAUCGGAGGAGCUGGAAUCUGUGCUGCCGGAGGGUUUCGUGGAGAGGACGGGAGAAAGGGGGAGAGUGCUCAAGUCAUGGGCGCCGCAGACGGCGGUGCUGAGUCACGGCUCGGUGGGGGGGUUCGUGACGCACUGCGGGCAGAGCUCGGUGCUCGAGGCGGUGUCGUUUGGCGUGCCGAUGAUCGGGUGGCCGUUGUACGCGGAGCAGAGGAUGAACCGGGUUGUCAUGGUGGAGGAAAUGAAGGUGGCGGUGGCGGUGGAGUUAGGGCAGGAGGGGUUCGUGGCGGCGGGGGAGGUAGAGGAGAGGGUUCGGGAGCUGAUGGAGUCGAGGAGGGGGGAGGAGAUCGGGCGGAGGGUGGAGGAAUUGAGAGCUGCGGCGGCAGCCGCGGGGAGGGAGGGUGGAUCGGCGGUGGUGGCGUUGGACGAGUUUAUAACGGCGGUCCAGGGUGCACGUGAGUUGCAUGAGAAUAAGGGCUCGGUGUAAAAGCACUCUAUGCGUGACCGACGUGCAUAAUAUGCUCACGGCUUGCAUGAGUAAUGUUUUUUUUUUGUAAUUAAUGUAUAAAUAUAUUGAUAAAAUAAUUAGCAAUAAAUAAAUAAUGUAAAAGUUACGAAACAAAAUUUUGUAUUAAGUCUUUCUCGUCGCAAAAC